AUGGAAGGAAUAAGUGUUUGCAUCAGCAGCACUGCCAAUGGACGCAGCGAUGUAUGCAGUCCCCUGCCUUCAAGGCGCUUCCAAGCUAAAUUUCAAAAUGAAGAAAACAAGGGAGUUGGGAAGGUAGAUAAAGGCAAAGAACAGCAAGCUGGAGGGGCUAGGGACAUUUCGAGGAUCCUUGACAACAGAUAUCCGUUCCAGUGCUGUAGUAUCUGCUUCAGGUUUGCAUGGGCCCUCAGGUGUGCCUCUACACAUGCCGUGACGGACAG